GUGGCAGUGCGCGGCACGGGUAAUUUUAAAGAUACAAUCAAAGUGAAUGAGUUUUUUUCGUAGUUACUUUAAAAAUACAUUCAAAGUUUUUCCAGUUUUCUGUUCAUAAGCAACUUUAAAGAAUAAAAUCAAAGAUGGUGCAGGCGAAGGUGUGGCGCAUCAAGACCGUGAGUCAGGGAGUGCCAAAGGAGAGCGACUUCGAGUGCAUUACUGAGACUGUGCCACCGUGUCAGGACGGCGAAGUGAUCAUCGAGGCUGAGUGGCUGAGCGUAGACCCAUACAUGCGCUACAGGAUCGCUAGAGGCAAGCCUGGCGAUACCGUCUACGGCAGUCAGGUCGCCAAAGUUAUCGAGAGCAAGAACCCAGACUGUCCCGUAGGCACCUACGUGGUGUCCUAUCCCGGCUGGAGGAGCCAUUCCAAGAUCACCGCGGAGGGCAUGAAGGAUCCUUUCCAGUUUACCAAACUCUCGGAUUUAGGAGGCAUACGUCGCUCUGCUGCUUUGGGAAUCUUAGGGAUGCCUGGAAAUACGGCAUACUUUGGCUUCCUGGAGCUGUGCAGCCCCAAGGCGGGGGAGACGGUGGUGGUGAACGCUGCUGCAGGGGCCGUCGGUAGCGCCGUCUGCCAGAUCGCUAAGAUUAAAGGCUGCCGAGUGAUAGCAUUCGCUGGGUCCCCCGCCAAGGUAGACUACGUCAAGUCGCUGGGCAUCGAGCACGUAUUCAACUACAAGACUGACGACGUCAGCCAAGUUUUGACCAAAGUUGCUCCCAAUGGCGUUGACUGCUACUUCGAUAACGUAGGAGGCGACUUUACCGAGUCUGUGAUGCCACACCUGGCGGAGUUCGCACGAGUGUCGGUAUGUGGCGCUAUCUCCACCUACAACCAACUGCCGAGCCUCGGCUCCAAGUCCUCUGGCCCCUUCCCGAGCGGUAUCAUCAUCUCGAAGCAGAUCAGGAUAGAAGGCUUCAUGGUGUACCGCUGGUCAUCUCGUUGGAUGGAAGGCAUCAACCAGAUCGCUCAGUGGAUCAAGGAAGGCAAAAUCAAGUAUGAAGAAUCCGUCUCAAAUGGAUUCGAAAACAUGCCGAAGACUUUCAUUGGACUCUUCCAAGGGGAAAAUUUAGGCAAAGCGGUAGUUAAAUACUAAUGCCGUUAUAGCUCAUGCAAAGCAGGUAUCUUUAUUUUUAAGAUAAUUUUUACACUCAUACCUUUUCAUCUUAACCUAAAUUAAGCUUUCGAAGUACAAUAAAUCAGGAAAUAUCUAAAAAACAUGUGUCAUUUUUGGAAUGAAAUACUAAUUCUAAAAAAUUCUACAUUUCGAUGUUUUUGUUAACUCGAGAUAUUUUAUUCGUGUCGAAACGUUUAUCUGCCGCAGAUUCUUGUGUUAUUUUUUUUUAAACCGUCCGAGUGAGAAUUGCUAAUUUAUCUGUGUCUCUCAAUGGGAAGAUUUCGAGAAUAUUUCGAAUAAGGUAAUUUCCUAACCAUAAGAACUUAAGAAGUCCCUUUGUUAAGUUUUUGUA